GGUAAACGAUGGGUCACCGGGUGAGUCCGGCGGGCUGGGGGUCUCUGCUCUCUGCUGGAGGAGCGAGAGGCCUCAGCUCCCUCAGUCCGGCAGGAUGGGGCUGUGGAAGCUUUGGAGAAGCGUCAACUCCGUCCUCGCUCUGCCAGCCCCGAGUGUGCGGGUACAGAGUCCAAAGUAACUCAGAAGUGCCCAGUGGUGCUUCUGUUUCUCUUAGUGGAUGAAUAWGACUUGGGAGCUGAUUUGCAGUGAAUAACCAGUGAAGACACGCAGCGUUUUCUGGAAUAUUGCAGGAUCUCAUAAUGAAGAUCUCUCUCCUGCAGCAGAUGUAUAAGGAUGUCCUGGCAGGCAUUCCCCUAGCAAGGGAAAGCCAUCAUUAUUCCUCUUUAAUGAAUCUGGGUGUUGAACAGCCACCAGGAGGAGAUGAAUCCUGUCAUCAGAAGCAUCUGCCAUCUACUGCUGGUGGCAUUGGGAGCCACCAGGACACUGAUAGAUCAGGUGCUGUCCCUGCAGCAGAUGAUUUAUCCCACAGCUUUGCAAACAUGAGCUCCUUGUUCUGCCCACGAGAGGUGAUGCUGCUCCAGUUAACCUUGUUCAAGAUGAUGCUGGCAAAAGCAGAGUCCCAGGAAAUAGAACUCCACAUGAGACACAAGUACUGUGAAAUCCUUGUUAUUCUUCUGAAGGAGGCAGAAGUUGACUCAAAAUUGAUUUUUCUGCUCAGUUGUAACGAUCGGCUGUUAUCUCACAUGGCCUCACAAWGUUUAGCAUCUCUUGUGUAUUUCCAGCUGAAGGAAGAGGACGCCUUAAAUGUGAGGUGGCUCAGCUUUAGCUUGAACACUGUGUUGGGAUUUCCCGGGAAUGGCCGGGUGGCCGGUUGCCUGUGGACUCUGACGGGGAUCAUCAAGGAGACGCUGAAGGACGCGCGUGUUCCCCGAGCAGGUGUUCUGAAGAAGUUGUUGGCUCCUCUUGAUGCGGUGCUUGAGGGAUUUUAUAAUGCCAUCCUGCUCCAUCAUUUUGACAGUCACCACUACACUUCACCUUAUUCUGAAGCUGCAAACAAUCUGAUCAGUUUUAUAGAUCUUCUUGAAGCACUUUUGGCUUCCAGAAUUGAACUGGACUCCCCACUCAGGUGCCAGAGAAUUUUGUUUUUAAAAGUUUCUUAUGUCCUCAACCUCAUUAACUCAUCGAUUCCAUAUGUAAUCAAGAAGAAAYUAAUUUUGCUUCUUAAAAAAUGUGUCCUUUACAAAUCUAGAGAAGAUGCUAAAAGUGGGUCACUGUUCUUACAAACCCCAUCUCUAUGUGAAGAUAUGCUUGCACUGAGUAAUGCUGUUCUGCAGGUUGUGAAUUUGACUUGGCUUAAUCAGAUCCCACUUGGUGGAAAGUCCAGCUACUUUGGAAGUAGUGAAGCUGCUCCUGGAGAUGAUUCUCAAGAUGGUUUUGACCAAACUGUUCUCAGAGCCUUAAGUCUGGUUGURCUUAAAGCAUUGGAAUUCAAGAUUCACAACUCGGCGACGGAAGCAGAAAUCAAAGGAGACUUUGAGAAUUCCAUGUCCCUGCUGCUGGUGUUCUGGAGGAGUCACGUAAAGCCUUCCCCACAGUCUCAGCCAGUUGUGCAUCACUGUGAAUGGCUCUCCUUGGUUUUCAUGGAGCAAGAUGAUGACAUGUGGGAAGCUGCUAAAGCUUUGUUACUCGUCUAUUUAAAAUUUGAUAGGUUAGAGUGUGAUGCUGCGGAUAACCUAAGCCAAAAAGAGAAGGAAUCCUGGAAGUUCCUUGUGCAUGCAGGUGGAUAUAACCCACACUGUAUCUUUUUAUUUUUYCUGGAAAAGAUUGCAUUUGAUUCCACAGUACUUUUAGACUUUUUGAUUUCAUCAGAAACUUGCUUUUUGGAGUACUUGGUCAGGUACUUAAAGCUUCUUGGUAAGGAGUGGCAUAAUUUUGUAGAUGUCUGUAAUAGUUUUGAUACCAGGCACAGCACUUCCCACCAAGAAAAGCAAAGCUCCGUGACUGGGGAGAGUUUGCAAAAUGCUGGCUGUGAAGCAGAACCACAGACUCUGAUGUCUUUGGAUGCUUCUCACGAUUGCUCGGUGUUUACAGCACAGCAGGCUGAUAAUGAAGCUGCAGAAUKGAGCUGCUCUGACUCAUUGACGGGCACUGAUAGCGCGUCCCUGCUUGGUCCUCUUCAAAGCCUYGUUAAUUAUGACAGCUCAGAGGACUCCGAGGUGGAAUCAGAUGGAAAAGAGUGCUCGGUAAACACAAAACAAGUGCCUUCAAACAACCAGGGUGAGGUGAGGAGAAGGGAAAUAGGUUGCAGCUGCAAAGAUGAUGACCAGAAUCCACACACGUCUGAAGUGUCACCUCUGCAGCCGAAGGGAUCUUGUACCUCAUCGUGUUGGACUYGUAUGGCAUCUUGGGAUAACGUUGUUCCCCUAAGAAUUAUGCUUUACAAAUCAACCAAGUGUUUGGAAGAGCUGCAAGAAGCUAUUUCUAGGUUGCAGAGAAGAAAUCUUUUCCCAUAUAAUCCGUCUGCUCUGUUGAAACUACUGAGCCACAUUGAGAAGAUGAGUAAAUCCAUGAAUCCACAAUAAUCCAAAGUGCUCUUGUGGGUUUUUUAAACCAGGGGAUAUUUCCAUGAGAUUAAUGACUUCUAAAGCUCAUGCCUCUUGCACUAGUCAGUGCAUUUAACCUCAGGCAGAAUGAACAUGGGUUUGGUUGACACCUUAAAAAUCUGAAGUUGCAUUCAGUGAUAUAAUCGUGACCUGAGGGUCCUAGGCUUAUUCAUGAUGUGUAUGUCAAUGGACAGUGUAUAAGGAUUCGUUGUUAGGUAUUCAAAAUUUUAAAAUAAAGGGCUAAUGUGAAAGCAUAUAAAAAAUACAUGAUACCUGAAGUAUUGCAAUUAUAGUUAAUGUCAUUCUAUUUAUGAAUUCUUUGCUGGAUUGGUAGUAGUUACAGGGCAAAGUUAAUGCAACACUUGACUGCUUAGAGGUUGGGCUAAAUAAAAUAUUACAAUUGGGGCCAAUUUACUGUUUAUACUGUGUGUUCUGCAUUGUUGUAUUGCUCAAAGUGGACCUUCAGAUUUGCUUAAUCCUUYAAUUAAAAGAAAAGGUAGAUGGGAAAUUAAUGCAUGUAUUGUCUGUGGAAAACUUCAGUGGAGCAUUAUAUUUUAAUUUAAGCUUACGUAAUGCAGAAGUGAAAUUCCAACAGAAUUUUUUGCAUACAUCAUGCAUUUCAUAUAAAUAUAGGACUUAAUAAACUUAAAUCAGAAAGAGAAUUAGAAAUGAAGUCACUCCAAUGCAGUGAGACGGAUAUUGAAGAUGUUAAAUUAUUGUAUCUUUUAUUAGAUGUAAUUUGAAUAACCUGAAAAGCAAGUGUCUGAGASUUUGCCUGGGGGAGCGAGUCCAGAGCAGGAUCCAAGGCAGUGCGUGCACUUAGCAGGAAGGCACCUGAUGCUGCUACGUUCAACCUGCAGCUUUUCAUGAUCUGCCAAGGGUUAGGCACUGGGAAAGCACUGACAACAGGAGCACUGGAGAAAUCUCAGACCUCUUCAGAGCUGUGAGAAGCAGCUUUCCUUUCAGGAUCUUCUCUUGAAGCAGGCUCAGCAUCCUCCCGUGUGUGUGUGUGGAGCAAUACAAGGUGAGACAAAUUCUCAUCGUGCAACAAAAGCCACGUGACUUCAAACAUUUCUUCAUCUGCUGUGUUGAAACGAGCAGGGAAGGCACUGGCAUUACGGCUCCCGAGUUUCACGCAGUGAUGUGGAUGACAUCAGGAUUGCCUUCAGUCAGAAAUCUUGAAGUGCAGCUUUGCUGGGUGGGUCUCAGAAGAAUUUGAAAAGGUUCUGGAGAUAGGGCGUGUUUACCUCGGUCACAGUAGUGAGUGUGAUGCCUCUUCCCUGCUAAUAUGCUUAUGGUCUCUUUGCCUGCAACAUUGURAAGCAUGGCCUACAUACUAAAGACACUCAACAGCUGGUUCUGGUGGGAGAAUAUCUGGAUGCCA